AUGGCCGCGCUGCCCGGUGGGAACAUGGCGGGGGGCGGCCGGGGGGCGCGGGUGCUGCUGCUGCUGCUAUCGCUGCUGCUCGGCGGCUGCCUGGGCCGGUGGCCCCCCGCCGCCGCCGCUGCCGCCCCGCCGGCCGCCGUCCCGCCUUCGGCGGCGGAGGAGACGGUGAUCAUCGGCCUGCGGCUGGAGGACACGGACGACGUCUCCUUCAUGGAGGGGGGCGCGCUGCGGGUGAGCGAGCGGACGCGGGUGAAGCUGCGGGUCUACGGGCAGAACAUCAACAACGAGACCUGGUCGCGCAUCGCCUUCACGGAGCACGAGCGGCGGCGGGGCGGGCGGGCGGCGGCGGGGGCGGCGGGGCGCGGCGGGGGCGGCGGCGGCGGGGCGGCGGGCGGCGGCGGCGCCCCGCAGCGCUGCGGCAUCCGCACCUCGGACAUCAUCAUCCUGCCGCACAUCGUCCUCAACCGCCGCACCUCGGGCAUCAUCGAGAUCGAGAUCAAGCCGCUGCGCAAGACGGAGAAGAGCAAGUCCUACUACCUGUGCACCUCCGUCUCGGCCCCCGCCGCGGCCGCCCUGGGUCCCGGGGCUGCCGGAGCGCUGGCGGGUGCCGAGGGGCCAGCCGGACCCCCACCCUGGGGCGAGACCACCUGGAUCUACCAUGACGGCGAGGACACCAAGAUGAUCGUGGGCGAGGAGAAGAAGUUCCUGCUGCCCUUCUGGCUGCAGGUCAUCUUCAUCUCGCUCCUCCUCUGCCUCUCGGGUAUGUUCAGUGGCCUCAACCUGGGCCUCAUGGCCCUGGACCCCAUGGAGCUUCGCAUCGUGCAGAACUGUGGCACUGAUAAGGAGAAGAACUACGCCAAGCGCAUUGAGCCUGUGCGGCGCCAGGGCAACUACCUGCUCUGCUCCCUCCUGCUGGGCAAUGUCCUGGUCAACACCACGCUCACCAUCCUGCUGGACGACAUCGCCGGCUCUGGGCUGGUGGCCGUGGUGGUCUCCACCAUCGGUAUCGUCAUCUUCGGCGAGAUCGUGCCGCAGGCCAUUUGCUCUCGGCACGGUCUGGCCGUGGGCGCCAACACCAUCUUCCUCACCAAGUUUUUCAUGAUGAUGACCUUCCCGGCCUCCUAUCCCGUCAGCAAAUUGCUGGACUGUGUCCUGGGCCAGGAGAUCGGCACGGUCUAUAACCGUGAGAAGUUGUUGGAGAUGCUGCGGGUCACCGACCCUUAUAACGACCUAGUCAAGGAGGAGCUCAACAUUAUCCAGGGAGCCCUGGAGCUGCGCACCAAGACAGUGGAGGACGUGAUGACUCCCCUCCGAGACUGCUUCAUGAUUGCUGCUGAGGCUGUGCUUGACUUCAACACUAUGUCUGAGAUCAUGGAGAGCGGUUAUACCCGCAUCCCUGUUUUCGAGGGUGACCGCUCUAACAUCGUGGACCUGCUCUUCGUUAAGGACCUUGCUUUUGUGGACCCCGAUGACUGCACUCCGCUCAAGACCAUCACCCGGUUCUACAACCAUCCGCUGCACUUUGUCUUCAACGACACCAAGCUCGAUGCCAUGCUGGAGGAGUUCAAGAAAGGCAAGUCUCACCUGGCUAUAGUACAAAGAGUAAACAAUGAAGGAGAAGGGGAUCCUUUUUAUGAAGUCCUGGGAAUUGUCACUUUAGAAGAUGUCAUUGAAGAGAUCAUCAAGUCUGAAAUUCUGGAUGAGACAGAUCUAUACACUGAUAACAAGACGAAAAAGAAAGUAGCUCAUCGGGACAGGAAGCAGGACUUCUCUGCCUUCAAGCAGACAGACAGCGAGAUGAAGGUUAAAAUAUCACCGCAGCUCCUCCUGGCAAUGCACCGGUUCCUGGCAACAGAAGUAGAAGCAUUUGGUCCAUCCCAGAUGUCAGAGAAGAUCCUCCUCAGGCUGCUAAAACAUCCCAAUGUCAUCCAGGAGCUGAAAUACGAUGAGAAGAACAAGAAAGCCCCAGAACACUACCUCUACCAACGAAACAAGCCCGUCGACUACUUUAUUCUCAUUUUACAGGGGAAAGUGGAAGUGGAGGCUGGGAAGGAGGGGAUGAAGUUUGAAGCUGGUGCUUUCUCCUACUAUGGGGUGAUGGCCCUCACAGCAUCGCCAGUUCCCUUGUCCCUGUCUCGUACCUUUGUUGUCAGCAGAACAGAGUUGUUAGCAGCAGGUUCUCCAGCUGAAAACAAGUCUCCACCUCGUCCCUGCGGCUUGAAUCAUUCAGACUCUUUGAACCGAAGUGAUCGCAUCGAUGCAGUGACACCAACAUUAGGGAGCAGCAACAACCAGCUGAACGCAUCUUUCCUCCAAGUGUAUGUUCCGGACUACUCAGUGAAAGCUCUCACAGACAUUCAGUUUGUCAAGAUCUCAAGACAGCAGUACCAAAAUGCCCUGAUGGCAUCUCGGAUGGACAAAACACCUCAGUCCUCGGACAGUGAAAACACUAAAAUUGAACUGACUCUUACGGAGCUGCAUGACGGUUUGCCGGAUGAGACAGCAAACCUGCUGAGCGAACAGAACUGUGUGACUCACAACAAGCCCAACCACAGUAUGCACAGUGAAGGAGCCAUCUAGGAGCUGACUCCCCACAACCCACCCAUCCCAUCUCCUCAGCAGGACCAGCCCUCGCUCCUUCCUGCCUCCUCUCUGAGUGUGAACACCGUUAGUAUGUGCUUGCAACACUGUGCUGCAUCCAGUGUUCUGAGACCAAAGACUUUUGCAUCCAUUCUGGGAGCAGAAGAGGAAGAAACAGGAAGAAAGGAGCAAAGAGCAAGAGACACUAAAGCCUCAAGCAUACUUUGGGAAUGGUGAGCCACCCUUGAGAAUGAUUAAAAUACUUCUUGCAAAGUAGAAUCAUGUUUAUUUUUUAUCUGUAUUUUUGAUCCUUGUUGGGUUUUUCCUCCUCAAACACAUAUGGAGAAGUUUAAAAGCUCCUCCAGUUAUUUUUUCAAGAGAGAUCAUGUUUUUAAAAAGUAUUUUGUAGAGUUUUAAAUUGUUUCUGUCCCUCUUAAACCUCAAAUGAGCUCUGUCAUGUUUAUGUGAAUUGGCUCCAAUGUCCUUAGGUCUCUUUUCACCUCUCUUUGGUCCUUUUUGUUGCUCUGUUGAAGAAGUUAUUACCUGGUACUUGUAUGUUACUUGUGUUUUAAAAAUUAUCAAGCUUCAAGGAACCUCUGGUUUCGGCCACCUGGAGGGCCAAGGGAUGAGUAUUUGAGUAUUCCUACAUUCUUCCAGUUAAGUUUCAGGGAAAGCAGUGGUUACUUUGGUGUUUAAUGAUCUCUCAGAAUUCAGAAGGUUUCUUUGCAAAACAGGCAAAAAAGCAUUGUUACACUCACAGUUUUGUAACCUCCGAAAACUUUGUGUAUGUUGAAGAUGAUAUUGGGGAGAGGGGGAAGGAUUUAAUUAGCAAAACUGCAGUCUUGUGAAAUGAAAGGCAGGCAUAAUUUUCCAUAGUGAAGUAACUGGAUGAUUUUUCAUUGAUGUUCCUGAUUGUUGCAUGAUGAAGUAAUGUGUGCACCCCAAACUAAGAAGCUUUUAAGCACCUGCAUGCUGUAGCAGCCUGCGCACUGCCACCUUGGCCAGAGCAGAUGUGCAGUAUUUGCUGAGUAACAGAGAACAUCAGUUCUGCCCCCACCCCUUCAAUCUCUAGUUAUUAACACAAAAGUUGCUGCUACAAUUAAUGCCCAAAGUACAUCCUCCAGGUGACAGUAAACCUCUGCCAGUGCAAGGAUGGGCUUUGCUGAGGAGUUGGGACCAUCCUCUCCCCUGCAAGAACUGACACAACUUUUCAGACGCGAGUGUAUUGCACUUCAGGGAUUUGGAGAGGUUUGUUUCCAGGCUGUUCCCAGCCAUAUCCCUUCCUUUGAGUGGAUUUUAGUGCAUUUCCUUCUCUGUUGCCCCUUUUAACAGCCAUUUUAGGGAUUACCAUGGUAGCAGAAUGGAGAGCCUCCCACCCAGCUGCUGCUACUGCACAGCACCCUGAGGUGAGCAGCAGAAAUCAAUUCCUCCACCCCAAAAACCUGAAUGCAGGCUGGGUACAAGCAGUUGUGCAUCACACAUUCCGCACUCCUACAGGUGGAGUCUUAAGUCCUCAAAUGAAAAAUAAUUCCCACCCCCAAUCCUCUCCCCUUCCAGUGCCAUCUCAAUCAAAAUGUAAAUGUUGCCCUUGGUAUCUGGAUUAAUAAAUCAGGCAUUGUGGUUUCUCCAUUUUGAGACCCUUCUGUGGCCCCUGGCUAUGUAGCAUUUCCCUUCCAUUUUUUACAAACAGAUUAUUUCAUCUGACCCUUGAAGAAGACCCCAGCCCCAAAUGCAACUGCCAGAGCUCUCUGUGCCUGCAGGCCUGCCCCACCUCUCUUGCUCACAGGCUGGGGAAGGCACUUACCGCAAAUUCCCGUGGUCUGUCUUUGCGAAUGGUGACUGGAAAGGUGCAAUAUUUUUCAGCAGGAUCUCCUCAGAGGAAGUUGGUGUGUGUGGUGUCAGAGCCAAUUAGGUCUGCUUUCUCUGAAGCUGUCUCUUUCAGCUUCAGAAAGCAGCCACGGUCUUUGCUGUCCUCCCUGGUGGGAAAGGUGCACUUCUUCCUUGGAGUCACCCAUGAGAAUGAAGUCCCCACAAGGGGGCAUAGAAUGCACAGUAUCUAAGGUGUGCACCCAGUGAGGAGGAAAAGGGGUACCCAAAACUUUACUCACACAUUUUGCUUUUUAUUAACCUUUUUUUGACUUCCAUCUAAAAGCAUUUCCUUAGUCUCCAUCCUUGCUCUGAUCCUUGCCACUGCUGAGAGUGCACAGCUCAAUGUUGGCACCGGCCGAUCUAAGCCCCAUUUGUCCCAGAGAGCUGCCAAUAUUGCACCUUUCUUGCAAACAAAAAUGUUGAGAUGUUACAGCGUUUGUCCUCGGUGAGGGACUCGCCUUGCCAGAUUUUAUCUAGCGUUGCUGAAUGUAAAAGUUGUUCUGAAGUGUUUGACACAGUGGUGAGCUUGAGAUGCAGUAUCCGUUUUGUCAAACCUGCCGACGAAGGGAGGGCUCAAGUCAGGGCAGCUCUCUCUCUGGGAUGAGGUUGCUCACUGGAUCUGACUUCUGCUUCUUAUGGCAGGUUAUGGAUUUGUUUCAGUGUCUGUUUCCCUUUAAAAAAAAAAAAAAAAAAAAAAAAAGGCAAAAAAAACCCACCCCAAACCCAAUUUUUCCAACCAAAGCCAUGUGAUCCCAAAGCAAAUACCUCCUGCUUCUGCCCAGGCUGCACUGUUCCAAAAUUUGCAGGCAAUUUUUUGCAUGACUGUUUUUCAUCAUUUGUACAGAUCCAAUAAUGGGAAGUGAAAUAAUUUCCAUAAAAAUAGUUGAUCAUUGAUGUGUUUCAUAUGGAAAAUAUGUACCUGACCCACAGGGGUUAGGAGCUGCUACUACUAAUUAGCUUGAAGAGCAAAGCAUCGUCCUCUCCCCAGAGGGGAAAAUAUCCAGUCUCCCUGUUCUCAGGGUAUUUACAGUUUUACUGUUUAACAAAUGCAAGGGGUUCCCAGCCCUCCUGGUGAGAACCAUCACAGCCAGAGGAGCCCGGUGCCCAGCUCAGCAUCACUGCUGAGCCUCUGGAUGGCGUUUACCUGCACCAGGGCUUGCCUCUCCCCACUGCAAUGGAGAUGCUGUGACACCUGCAUCUGUGCCCUUGCAGGGGUUGUCCUGCCAGAGUAGGUCUGCUUUCUCUGCCUCGCUGGCUGCCUGCCUGCAUUCAGGUGGGCUCAGAUGCCAGAUGCUCUUCCAUAGUGCCCUAAGGAUACAUGGCAGGGCUGCUGGUCAUCACCAUGGAGCCGGGUAUCAGCUGGUGGCUUUGGGAAUUGUUGGGCUUGACCUCAGACCUCGGCAAGGCUUUGACACAUAGAAAGGAUACUGCAUCUUCCUAUGUCAACUCCUGCUGCAGCCUUUGUUCCCCUUGUCCAUCUGCCUCCAGCUGCAGGCAGAGGGGCAGACAAUGGCCUGCUGGCCGGGGGAGGCUGGGAGAGCAUCUAGCCAUGGUUUCUACUGUCAAUACAAUUUUGCACAAGAGUUCUUUGAAGUGAGGUUUUCAACACUAAUAUCUUAAAUGCACAACUGUGAAUUAUAACUUUUACACUCCUGUUGGUUGAAUUUCCUUUAAAUGAAAUGAACCUGAAUCUGUUGUAACUAUGAUUUUUUUUAAUUCUGUGUAUUGCCAAAUCUUUGUAAAGAGUGAAGGAAUGUUCUUGCUUUCCAAUGAGAAUCUUUCUCCAAAGGAGACUGACUCUGGUGACAUGGAGAUCAUAUGAAGCACGCUGGUUCUGAGUGGAGAGGGGCUCAGGGUGGGCUUAGCAAACCAACCUUGGCCUUGCUGUAGACCCCAAGCUUGGACCCUCCAGAGUUUACAAAGUGCUUGUUGUUUUAUUCCCAGCUUGUUCACUCCCUGAAAUCCCUGUGCAGCUGAAGGCUGCUGCUCCAGGAGGGCUCAGGAUGGGGUAGCUGCAGAGGGAUGAGGAUGCUUGGCAGGGUGUCUGGGCUGUCUGGGGAGCAGGGUCCCCGAGGCUGGCAUGGCAGGACAAGCUGCUUCCCCCAUCCAAGUUGCACCAGCAGAGCAAACUUCACAGGGCAGGUUCUUCCACCACUCUGCACUUCUGCUAUGAACCUGUAGUCAUGUGUAGAUUCCUCUCAUGCUCUUUUUGCCCCCAUGUACACUCCUGCUCCAGAUUGAGCAGGGGCAGGCUGAUGCAGAGACCUAUGUGGAGCAGCUGGAGCUGGCUGCUCAAGGCUUGCAGUUCUUGGGCCCUGUUGAAAGAGGGGUCAGCCACUCAUUCACAUUGUGCUUGCUGUUUUGUUCCUCCUCUCUUCUGGAAUUACUCCACUUUUCCUCACUGCAGGGUCACUUUUUGUUUGUUUGUUUGUUUUCUUCUUUUCUUUAAGUGCCUUUUUGUGUGGGUGGAGCUGGCAAGAGUAGGAGUCUCAGGAUAUGGCCCUUUGCACUCACCUCAGACCAGAAGAAAGCUCAGGGGGAGCAGGGCAAAUUGCCCAUGAUGGCCACUGACAUUACCCAUUGCUGCUUCUCAGCCUUCAGGGCCAAGCGCAGAUGAGGAUGAGGUUUUGGCACUGGUGGUGUCAGGCUCUGGCUCAAAUCAACUCAAAGAAAACCAAAGAGGUAGCUUUGUGCAAGGGGCUGCUCGGGCAGCAGUGGUGCUUCCUGUGAUCUCUGCAGAGCUCAGCUGAGGGGUGUGGGGGUGUGGAUGGCAAAGAGCAGCGCUGUCUCCUCACAAGCAUCCUGUGUAAGUAUCCUGUGUGAUGGAGAACACAGCCACGUUCUCCAGGACCCCUUGGAACAUGCAUCUUCCUUGUGCUGAAAUACACUAUCUAUAGAAGCCAUUCCCACAUGAAAGAUGUACCAUAUUUUAUAUGAUAUCUAAUACACACAUCUGUGGUUCUAAAACUAGUACCUGUGUACCAGUUGUCAAGUUAUCCAGUGUCUGGAUUACCAGUAGAAAAUGGGCUGGGGGAGGGGAAGGGUGCUGCAGAGAGGAUUUAAUGUUGUGAUGCUAACUUCAUCCCAAAGGUGUCUGACCAGCAUGGAGGGGUUCCCGUGUCCAUACCGUGUGCUGCCAUGCCUGAAGUUGGCACAAAGCAGGAAGCCAGCAGGUGCUGAAAGGCUCAGCGUGAUACAGACCCAGGCUUGCUGCCCACCCUGCUGCCAGGCAGGCUCUACACUGGGGCUCUUAAGUAUACCCAAAGAAGUACCUGGUCCCUGGAUACUGAGGGUUGGUUUGGCCCAACAGUGAAAUGAUGAGCUUGACUAACAUGAUUGCAAGUCAGGCAUAUUGUCAUGGCAUGGAGGAGAGAGCAGCCUUCAUCCUGACUGAUCUGCAGAGAGAAGAAGCUCUAUGCUACAAGCUGGGCUGGGAAGUUGCCAUCAUCUCUGCUCAGUUGUGGUUACUUGGGCCAUCAGUUGCAGAUCUCUUGUUGGUACAAUCUCUGUGGUGAUACUGGCCUCCCAGCACAGGGGACUUAGAGACUUCAGUGGCUUCCUGCAGAGCCCCCUGGGCAAUCCCACUCCAUGCCUUGUUCUCAUCCUAUAGCCUGGCUUCAUGCUGGGCUGCAUUCUUCCAUGGUUUAGUUUCAUUGCUGUGUCCUUGAGGCUGUGUCCAGGUUAGGAGAUGCUAUUGCUGCAGGUCCAAAGCGGUAUGGUUGAGCUUUUUGAGCUGGUUUUGCAUAUUUGCUGCUCUGUUAGAAGCUGGACACUGGACCUGGGGAGAAAGCCUGGGAUGCCAGCGCCAUUCCCUGAGCUGCAGGGAUGGGAAGGAGAUGCUGGAAAGCUGCCUCCAGCCUGUGGUAUGGUACAGGUGGCAGAGGGAAAUGUUUCACAGAUGGGUAGCACUGAACUCAGUCAUCUUGCUCUCAUUGUCCUCAAUUCAGGCUCUGUAGCAGUUCUGCACCUUGGAAAUACGGUACUAAACACUGCUGGUCUUCUGUCUCCAGCUGGAAAACACCUUUCUGCUCUUUCCUGGAGUUUUUCCUACGUUUCUCCUUACGGCCCUGUUUUCCUCUGAGCAGGGCCAAUCACUGGGAUCCUGCAGAGGAUGGUGCCCUGGCUGCUCUUGCCUGUCCAGCACAGAUUUCUGGCUAAUGAAGUGCUUGAUGUUUAAUCCUCCCCCCAGCAUGAGAGGUUUGGCUGUUCUCAACAGAUGCUGCCUGUUGCAGAGCCAGGCUUGAGGUUUGCCAGCUGUCACAAGCCAAAGAAGUGCCUGAAACAUGCAAAGGCUGCAGGUGGCUCCAGUGCUCCAGAGGUGGGUUUGAUUUCUCUUGUCUUCCACUGGAAACAGUGUGGCAGUCAGUAGAUAGCAGGGUUUGCUGGGGAGGAAGGAAUUACCCUAGCAUUUAGAGCUUGGUGGAGCAGUCUAGCAUCCUAUUUCAGCUGUUUGGAGACCUCCUAAAGCUUGGAGAGCUUUAUAAAAGGAGGUGUUUGUUUUUUUUUUUAAUCCUCUGGACAUGACUGUUGUAACAAAUCCCUUAAAAUUCAAGGGAGAAACUUGUAGGUAUCAGAUGAGAACCCUGGAUCAUAGGCCUUUAGUUGGAAGUGCCAAUAUUGAAUGCAUGCCUUGUGGAUUUGCCCAAAGAUCACUGUGGGAGUGUGGCGGGGACUCCCAGUGAGCUCCUCUGUUCACAGAAGUGACAGACUGGCCUUGCCCAGAUAGCUCUAGUGUCACUCCUGCUUUAAAGUCUCAGGUCCCAGCAGGCUGGGCUGGGCUGGUUUGGUUGCAGGGUUCUUACCCAGGGUACGUGCUGUGUCCUACAUUUUGCUGGCUUGCAUUCAGCAAUGUGGCUUUUGUGGCUGCUGCUCUGGCAUCAGCUGUGGCUGUUCCUCUGCUCUUCUUGCUGUGGUUUGGUUGAGUGUUCAGGAGGGUGAGAGAAGGAGGUGCAGCAGUCAGGAACAGGCAAUGCUGUGACCAUCCUGUCUUCAUUCCUCACACUAAGUGUAGGAGAUGCUGCUUGAGGGGCUGUGCCUUUCUCCCACACUGCAUGAAAUUUGAAGAGUGGAAACCCACUAGGACCACAGCCCCAGUGCUCCGGUCCCAUUUAAUGCAAGGGUGGCUUACAAGUAGUUCAGGAUCAGGCCCUGCUGAGGGACCUCAGAGCUCUUGGGGUGUGAUUUCUCCAGCGCAUGCAGCUGCAGAGACAACCUCCAUACCUGAAUAAUUGUGUAGGUGCCUGGAUGCCAAACACAUUGAAUUGGAAAACCCAAAUACUUGAGAAACAUUCUGGAAUCCAGGAGUGGCUGGUGCUCAGCAGCUGGAGGUCUCACACCAAACCUUUAUCCUGCAGUCAGGUCCUUCCUGGCUGCGCUGAGCCUCCUCAUGGCCGCUGCUGGCUUGGCCUCAAUAUCCCCCCACUCAAAAGUGUGGUGACUCUCCCUCUGCAGUGCAUUUUGUGGGUAUCUGGACCCACUCAGCCACUCUGGCCAGCUCUUCCCUGGGUCUUAUUUGCCAUCGUACUUGGUCUUUGCAAAUUGUAUCAUAUUGUACAUGCUUCGGGUUCCCAGAGUUGUAGUAUUCUGACUACAGUAUUUCUGUGUGUGUACAUAAACCUCAAUAAGCACAACUGAAAUCCUGAAUGAAGUGUAUACGUUUCAUAUACUGAUUGUCAUACAAAUGAAUUUUAUAAUUAUUCCAAUUUUGUUGUAGAUUUCCAAUCUUUCCUAUUUAUUUUGUACCAGAUUUAUUUGUAUAUUUUGUGAUUUUGUUUUAAAGCA